CUAUUGAUCUAAAUUUGACACAAAGUUAUACUCUUGUUAUGAAAAAGUACAGUAGUAAAGUCAAAACUCAAACUUGGACUUUUGUUCCCGCAUUGAGGUUUGAUCUUUGAAGUAAUCGAGAAUUCUAGGGUUCAUCUUCCAACCCAAAAAUGGCGCAAGAGAAGAACAAAUUCAGUAUAAUCGUUCCUACUUACAACGAACGUCUUAACAUUGCACUCGUUGUAUACCUCAUGUUCAAACAUCUCAAGGAUAUCGACUUUGAAAUAAUUAUCGUGGAUGAUGGGAGUCCAGAUGGCACUCAAGAAAUUGUUAAACAAUUGCAGCAAGUAUACGGGGAUGGUCGAAUAAUUUUGGCAGCUAGACCUAAGAAACUUGGACUAGGAACUGCAUAUGCUCAUGGGUUGAAGCAUGCAUCUGGCAAUUUUGUUGUAAUUAUGGAUGCUGAUCUCUCGCAUCAUCCAAAGUAUUUACCAAGCUUCAUCAAGAAACAAAUGGAUACAGGUGCAAGUAUAGUAACUGGAACUCGUUAUGUUAGCGGUGGUGGUGUACAUGGGUGGAAUCUUAUGCGCAAGCUUACAAGCAGGGGGGCAAACGUACUUGCACACACUAUUCUUUGGCCAGGUGUUUCAGAUUUGACUGGAUCAUUUCGGCUCUACAGAAAAUCUGUUCUUGAAGAUCUCAUCAGCUCUUGUGUCAGCAAAGGUUAUGUAUUUCAAAUGGAGAUGAUUGUCAGAGCUUCAAGAAAAGGCCAUCAUAUUGAAGAGGUUCCCAUAACAUUUGUUGAUAGAGUGUACGGAAGCUCAAAACUUGGUGGAUCUGAAAUAGUUGAGUAUUUAAAAGGCCUUGUAUAUCUUCUGUUUACAACUUAAUACCUGUAAUUAAGAGCUUUUUUCCGGGAUUUGGCAUAGCAAAUGUGUGUGAUGAGACUUUAAACAGGAGAGAAUUUCUGGUCCUACAUCGUGAAUUUUUUUUGCCCUGGUCUGGGUUAGGUUAAAGAUUAUACAGUUUUGUUUCCGAUGAUUGGGCAUCAUGUUACAGUCAAGUUCAUCCCUAUUAUUUUACCUUGUACUACUGUGGAUGCUUUUUUUAUUUACCCUUUAUA